AUGGAGCUUCUUUCUAAUUAUAAUCAUCGUUACAGGAUAACAUUCACAGCAACAGUUUCAUAUGCAGUCAUCAGGAAGAUCCUCAUGUCUGCCACACAGCUAAUGUUCAUAAAAGCAGAGGAAGAUGAUAAAGAAGUAUUAAAAAAAAGAAUUAAAGAAUUAGAAAAUGAAAAUGAGACAUUGAAACAGGCUCUGGAACAGCUGCAACAACUACAGGGGAAAUGCUGUGAUUGGUGUGAACUACUAAUGCCAAGUUCUGACCAGGAACGAACCACUAUCAGCAAUUGGCUUGAAGGAGUAUUAACAGCUUUAAAAUCACAAAAAGGAGAGUCAGAAUUGAUAAUUGAUGAUAAUAUACAAAAUUCUGCACAGGCAACUCCUCCUACCCCACCACCACCUACUCCACCACCACCAACACAGCAACCGCCAUCAGCAGCAGCAGCACCACCACCACAGGGUUCAGUGACCUUGCCAAAUUUUACAGUCAGCCCUACAGUAUCAAGUGCUCAGCCUAUCAUUAUCAGAGGAAGCACAAUGAUGAAGAGUUUACAUAUAGACUAUUUGAAACUUAAGCACAUCAUCCGUUCUGCAGAUGACAGACGUGGUGACAAAAUGAAAUAUCUUUUAAAUAAGCUGGUCGAUGCAAUGUUUACCCGAGAUGAAUUAGUUGCUGCCAGUGGACUAGGUAUCCGUACUCAUAAAGACAAACAUCAUACGCCACUUGACAGAAAGAAAUUAGCAGCAAUUAAAGAUUUCCUAGAAGAAUUUGCAGAUAAAAAUGGAAUUCAAACAAUGGAUCCAAGGACAUUUCGAGUGACUGUUGGAAAUAAAAUUACAAAUGCCAGAAGAAAUCUUAGGAAUGAAUUUAAGUGA